GCAGCAUACACCACACACAUACAUGCCAAGCGCCCCUUCCACCAUCGCCGCCGCCGCCGUCGCCGCCUCCGCCGCUGCCGCCGCCGCUGCCAUCGUACUUGCCCACCACAUCCGCCGCCGCCGCCGUGCCUGCGAGGCCGAGGUGGCCCUCGACGCGCUCUGGCGUUCGCCGGCAGCCGCCGUGGUUCAGCAGCUCGAGUGCGGCCAAGUCACGCCGGCGAAACUCAUCGACGUCGCCGUGCGACGGAUCGCCGCCACCAACGCUGCCACCAACGCGGUCGUCACGCUCUGCGAGGAGCGGGCACGCGCGCGUGCGGCAAGCUUUGCACAGAGCGGCGGCGCGCCGGGCCCGCUCUUCGGCCUGCCCGUCCUCGUCAAGGACAACCAGGCCGUCGCAGGCGUCCGCUGCACCGCCGGCGCGCCGAUGCACGCGACGCGGAUCGCGGCCACCACUCACCCUCUCGUCGAGGCGCUCGAGGCGGCGGGCGGGGUCGUCCUCGGCGUCACAAACAUGCCGGAGCACGCGGCCGGCUCGCACACCUUCAACCCCGUCUUUGGCGCCACACACAACCCGCACGACCUCGGCCGGACGGCCGGAGGAUCGACGGGCGGCAGCGCGGCGGCGCUCGCGUCGGGCGCGGCAUGGCUGGCAACCGGAAGCGACCUGGGCGGCUCGCUGCGCAACCCCGCCGCCUUCUGCAGCGUCGUCGGCCUGCGCCCGUCGCCAGGCCGCUGCCCGCAGUCCGAUGCGGCGCCGACAGCGUGGCGCGGCCGGUUCGUGCCGCCCGCGGCGGGCUGGGAGCCGCUGGCCUGCCCGCCGCUGCCUCAGCCGCCUCGGCGCGGCUACCUGCACCACGGCCUCGAGGCGGCGGCGGACGUCUUCCGAACGCUCCGCGCGUCGCGCCAGCAGGCGCUCCCCGCGCGGGAGCGAGCGCGCCAGCGGAUGCACGCGGCGGCGCUCGCCUUUCUGCGGGAGCACGACCUGCUCGUCUGCCCCUGCACGCUGAUGCCGCCCUUUCGCGGCGAGCUGCGAAAAAGAAAUACUCUCGGGACUUCUUUGUUAGGGCUGCCUGUCGGCGUGCAGCUGGUCGGCCAGCCGGGCGGCGAGGCGGCGCUGCUCGCCGCCGGCGCCCUCCUCGAGCGCGCGAUCCGGCGCGAGGACGCCGCGGCGGGCGUGGCCGGCGUGGCCGUGCAGCCGGCUCAGGGCGCGGGCGAGGGCGAGACCGAGGGCGCGGCACCAUGCGCGGCGCUCGGCGCGGGCGGGCUCGGGCCGGUGCUGCCCGUGCCUGUCGAGCCGAGGAGGCUGACUGGCGGGGAGAGGGCGUCGGAGUGGAGCGGGCCGUGCAGCGCGGAGGAGGCCGCCGCGCACUUGCGGCUGGGCGCGCAGCAGCGGGCGUCGGAGGUGGAGAGGGCCGGGAGGGGUUUACAGGUCCGGGCCGUGUAUAGGUAG